AUGCCCCACUCCACCAUGCUGACGGGGACCAUGCCCCCAACGGAGGUGUACUUCUCUGAGCGGGUCAUCGUGCUGGUCUCCUGUGUCCUCUCCUUCCUGGGCUCCAGCCUCCUGGUCUUCACCCAUGCCCUUUGGCCCGAGCUGCGGACCCGUCCCCGGCAGCUCCUGCUCUACCUGUCCCUGGCCGACCUCCUGUCGGCUGUAUCCUACUUCUACGGGGUGCUGCAGGACUUCGACUCGACCUCGUGGGACUGCGUGCUGCAGGGCGCCCUGUCCACCUUCUCCAACACCAGCUCCUUCUUCUGGACCAUGGCCAUUGCCUUCUACCUGUACAUCACCAUUGUGAGGGGCGCGCCAACGGGCACUGGCCUGCUCUGCUUCUUCCACGGGAUGAGCUGGGGAGUCCCACUUGUCAUCACAGUGGCUGCUGUCGCUCUGAAGAAGAUUGGCUAUGAUGCGUCAAACGUCUCUGUGGGCUGGUGCUGGGUCAACCUGGAAGCGGCGGAUCAGGUCCUGUGGAUGCUGUUGACAGGGAAAUUGUGGGAGCUGCUGGCGUAUGUGAUCCUACCAGUCCUUUACAUCCUCAUCAAAAAGCACAUCAAUAGAGCGCAUGCGGCACUCUCUGAAUAUCGCCCCAUACUAGCCAGGGCUCCUGCCUUUCAGCCCAGGACUUCCAUAGCAGAUAAGAAAUUGAUCCUCAUCCCUCUCAUCUUCAUCUUCCUCCGCAUCUGGAGCACUAUCCGAUUCAUCCUGACCCUCUGCAGCUCCCCUGCUGUGCAAAAUUCAGUCCUGGUGGUCCUGCAUGGAAUUGGGAACACAUUCCAGGGAGGUGCCAACUGCAUCAUGUUUGUCCUCUGCACUCGUGUAAUCCGGACCCGGCUGCUCUCUUCCCUUUGCUGUGGUCGCUACGGAGGUUUGCAUCAGCCUUCACAGAGCCUAGAGGGGGGUUACCAGCACGCCGAACCCCCCAAGAACACGGAGGCUGAACAGACGAAGGCCGAAUUCGCAAGCACCUGA